CUAAAAAAAUCUAAAAGAAAAAAUAGAAAAAGAAACAGUCCACCUUCCACGGUGGUUUCCUGGAGGGUGCUGGUCAUGAUAUAUAUUACAAGUAGAAAGCCUCGAUCCCCAUUUAAUAAGAAACCUCUUGGAUUCCAUAAAUCUAGCUGAGCCAAAACAUGGCAGCCAAUUUACUGCAGCUUGAUCCAGGCACAACAAGCAAGAACAGUUCUUCAAGCAACAUCAAGUCUCCGAAGACAAAAUGUCCUGCUCCAUUUUUAUCCAAGACUUAUGACUUGAUAGAAGAAGGUGGUGCAGAUGGAGUUGUCGAUCAUCCUCAUGGCAAGAGAAUUGUUUCUUGGAAUGCAGACGGAGAUGGGUUUAUAGUAUGGUCUCCAGCUGAGUUCUCAGAGCUCACUUUACCCAGAUUCUUCAAGCACAACAACUUCUCCAGCUUCAUUCGUCAGCUUAACACCUAUGGAUUCAAGAAAACAUCAUCGAAGCAAUGGGAAUUCAAGCAUGAGAAGUUCUUGAGAGGGAGGAGGCACAUGCUGGUUGAGAUCACUCGAAAGAAAUGCGAGCCCAGCACGUUUCCAGCAUAUUUGGAGGCUUCUAAUCGAGAGAGUGCAACGCUUGCCACGGAAGAAAGUAAUCGUUUGAUACUCAUGGAGGAGAACAGAAACCUUAGAAGAGAGAAAAUGGAACUAGAAAUCCAAAUAGCCCAAUUCAAAGCUCUAGAAAUGAAGUUAUUGGAUUGCCUUACUCAAGACAUGGGAAGCCACCAGAACAAAACUAGGAGGCUAUGCUAAGGUCAUAUAUUUAGCCAUGGCCUUCGUGGGUCUCUUCUGAUCAUAAGCUCCUUCCUUAAUGUGUAGCUAAAUUAUUGAUAAUUAAAAGCAAAGAGAGAGAAAAAAACAAAUAUUUGUGUUUAUGGUGGAUUUUUUUUAAAAUGCUUUUGUCUGGUUCUGUUUUGUUUUUUUGACAACUUUUCUAAUUUAUACUCAAACUGUCUUUCCUUAA